AUGUCCACCCCCAAGAAAUCAAUCCUCAUAACCGGCGCAGGCGGUCUCGUCGGCCCCCUCCUCGCACACCGUCUCCUCCGCGACCCUCGCUACGCCCAGCACACGCUCUACCUAACCGAUCUCUCCCCGCCCAUCAUCCCUUCCGGCCCAGAUCUGGAUCUCAUCAACGCCUCCUCUCCUACAAGUAAUCGCAUCGUCCCACUCCAAGGCGACAUAACCUCCCCCACCUUCGUCUCCUCGCUGCUCACCUCUUGCCUCUCAAACGGCGCCGCAAAGCUCGAAGCAGUCUUCAUCUUCCACGGCAUCAUGUCCGCCGGCUCCGAAGCCAAUUUCGAUCUCUCUCUAAAAGUCAACGUCGACUCGGUGCGAUUAUUGCUGGACGAGAUCAGGACUAAAGCGCCCGGCACGAGGGUCGUCUACAGCAGCAGCCAAGCAGUCUACGGCCUACCGCUCCCCGCCAUCGUCACCGACUCCACGCCCACAACACCACAAAGUACUUACGGCGCGCACAAGCUGAUGAUGGAGACUUAUAUCAACGACUUACAUCGCAAGGGUUUCAUUAAUGGAUUUAUCGUGCGGUUUCCGACGAUUAGCGUACGACCGGGAAAGCCGACGGCUGCUGCUUCGAGUUUUCUUUCGGGGAUUAUUCGGGAGCCGCUGGCGGGGAAGGAAUGUGUUGUUCCGAUUGAGGAUCGCGCGUUCAUGUCGUACUUGAGUUCUCCCAAAAUAAUCGCGGAGAAUUUGGUUAGGGUGUUGGAGAUGGAUGCUGAUAAGCUGGAGGCGCAUAGGAGGGUUAUUAAUUUCCCGGGGAUUUCGGUGUCUGUGCAGGAGUUGUUGGAUGCGUUAGAGAAGUUUGGAGGACAGGAGGCGGUGAAACUGGUGAGGGAGGAGAGGGAUGAGGGGUUGGAAAAGGUGUUGAGGAGCUGGCCGACGGAUUUUGAUACGAGCAGGGCGGUGGGGGAGUUGGGGCUGGUGAGGGAUGAGGGCGUGGAGGGGUUGGUUAGGGAGUAUGUUGAGAGUUUGAAGAAUGGUCAUUGA